GUAUGAGAGGUAGGUUAAGUUUUGAUCCCUCUCUCUCUCUAAUAGUGUGUUAUGUUAAUUCAUUAAACUUAACAAAGUCCAAGGGAUUGUGGGGCUUUUGGGCUUAAAUAAUUAAUUUCAAAUAGGCUGCUUAAGUCUGGAUUGGACCAAGAUGAAUCUCGAAUUUUUCAGGGUAAAGCCUCCAACCCUUCGUUGCCUAUUUCUGACCUGGUUACGAAUAAAAAGGGACAUUGUUCAAUGUCUUUGGUUGGGGCUAAAUACGAUGAGAGAUAUGUUGGGAGAGAAAAUUAUGGGCUUUGGUAUCAAACAAGGCUUCAAGAGAGAUGGGAUGAAUUUUGAAGGAGUGCAAAAGAGCGAAGUUGAAGAGAAUUGAAUCGUUGAAGCAGCUAAAGUAGUUUUAUCGGAAACUGAUGAAGGCGAAGUGAACAGAGAUCUGUUCGAAGCCCUUUCUAGGUUUUUUGAUCAAAAUAUGUGGGUGGAUAAGAUAGACAAUGGAGUAUUUGAUUUUAAUAAGGUUUGCUCCAGUUUGGAAGUGGAUUCUAAUUUUGAAGGAGAAGCAGUGAGCAUUGACGAUGAAGUUCCAGUGAGGACAGAUGAUGAUUCAAAAGGAGUACAAUUCAUUAUUGGUGUGGAGGAUUGUUUGAUAGGAUACUUGAUGAUAAUACUCGGUGGAUAUUGGGCUGAAGCAAACUGAUUCAGCAAGAAAUUUGUUGACUAUAUUGCGCUUUUUCCUUUCAAGCAAAUCAAUGAGGUAUAUGUUUCUUUUGAUCAACAGUCUGGGGAGUUGUCUUCUUCUAAAAACCAUUUUCUGUUGGAUGA